AUGGAGGCGACUGAGUCGAAGAUCGUUGCUCGGCCGGCUGCAACAACUCCAACUCCGUCAACAGAACGUAAGGUUGGAUGUCGUCAUCUUCCCAUACAUUGCAUGGUUGAAGUAUCCACUGGUAAUUAUACAGAAGAUGGCAGUCCAUUUUAUCAGUUAGAAGUUGAUGAUUACACUCUUGUACCUAAUGAUUUACCAGUCUCCAAUCUCCCUAAGGAAGCACUAAUACAGCUUGGCUACACACUGCAACAUUCAAGCAUUGUCACUGGUUUUAUUCAGAUUGUCAAUUGGAAACCAUUGACAUUAGAAUGCAUAACCGAUGAUCCCCGAGUCAGUGUAGAUUAUCUCUUUGCAAAUCUCAUGAAUGUUGCAACUUUACGAAUUCAGAUAACAAGCAACCCUAGUGUUGUUGACCAAUUAAGAGUUUCUAUGAGUGAUGGAACACCUCCGAUCCAGUCAGUAAGUCUGACCAGUCCAGUAUCAGAAAGCUCUACAACUACUUCACUUUCAAAACCAGACAGUCCAAUGGUUUCAUCAGUUGAGCUAAGUCCAAGUAUUCCACCACAAAGUCCAAGUCCUCAACAACAAUUAUUGAUAUUGGAUAUAAAAGAAAAAUUAGAUUCUUUACUGAAAAAUCACAAACAAGCUGUUUUGGUUAGUCAUGGAUGUCCAUUCUCACAGGCAAUGAUCUCCCAGAUAGUUCUCGGAAAAUAUGUCAACAAAAUUUCAUCAGAAAAAUCUAGAGCCUUUUACAAAUGGCAUGAAAUAUACACUGGUCUGUCAAAGGACUCAUUGAUACCUCCAAGGAAAAAGUCAUCACGUCUCAGACGUAUGAGAACAUUAUUUGAUCCCAAACAAGAGUUGCCUAGAUUACGACGAUGGUUUGCUGAUAAUAGCAGGCCAUCCAAAGAACAGAUGCUAAUGCUAGAGCAAAGUAUAAAAACGAUUGUUCAAUGUAUGAUGAUUAUAAUGGACCAAACACUUGUGACAAACCACCUACAGUAA